CCGUCUUUCUCUCCUACCCCAACCAACAUGGCCGCUAAGUCUGAUGGAGCAGCGGUGGCUGUGGAAGAUGACAACCCGCCCAGGAGCCUCUCGGAGCCAGGCCAAGCCACCCCCGCCGCCGGCGCCGCCUCCAUUGCGGCCGCCGGUGCCGCCGCUACCCGGCCACGGCGCGGCCCCACGGGCGGACAGGCGUACACGCUGCUGGACUGCUUCUGGGUACUGUGCGCCCUUCUCGUCUUCUUCUCCGACGGCGCCACCGACCUGUGGCUGGCCGCCGACUACUACCUGCGAGACGACUACUGGUGGUUCGGCCUGACGCUCGUCUUCGUCGUGGUGCCGUCCGCCGUCGUGCAGGUUCUCAGUUUCAGGUGGUUCGUGUACGACUACACGGAGCUGAGCGGCGCGGACGGGGCGACGGGAGCGGUGGGCGAAGCGACCGGCGACGCCGCUUCAGGAACCAAGGACAGCGACCAGCGUGGUGCGGGCGCGGCAACGGGAAACGCGGUCAACUCGACCGCCGUUUCCGCGUCCUCUUGCCCGUCUGCGGCACCCGAAAGAGGCGGGCGACCUCGGAGAUGUUGCACCGUGUGCAUGUGGGUCUUUCAGACGGUGCUCCAUGCCUUACAACUGGGACAAGUGUGGAGAUACAUCCACGCUCUCUACUUGGGCGCCCAGAGUCGUUGGCACAGCAACAGCUCCCACCACCGCUUCCACUGGCGCCUAAUGUUCGAGAGUGCUGACAUCACCAUGCUCCGUCUCUUGGAGGCCUUCCUCAAGUCGGCGCCACAGCUUGUCCUUCAGCUAAGCAUCAUGAUCCACGGAAACGCAGUCCUCCCGCUGCAAGGUCUGUCGGCCUCUGCCUCCCUCGUGUCGCUGGCUUGGAUGAUCGCGUCCUACCAGAAGGUUCUGAGAGACUCACGUGAUGACAAGCUCCCCAUGUCCUACAAGGCCGUCAUCGCUCAGAUUCUCUGGCACCUGUUCACCAUCGGUGCCAGGACAGUGGCCUUCGCCCUCUUUGCCUCUGUCUUCCAGCUGUAUUUUGGAAUUUUCAUCGUCAGUCACUGGUGUAUCAUGACCUUCUGGAUCAUCCAAGGCGAGACUGACUUCUGCAUGUCCAAGUGGGAGGAGAUUAUCUACAACAUGGUGGUGGGCAUCAUCUACAUUUUCUGCUGGUUCAACGUUAAGGAAGGGCCCAGCCGCAUCCGAAUGACCGUCUACUACACCGUGACGCUUGCUGAGAACGUAGCGUUGACGGCGGCCUGGUAUACGUAUCGUGGUCCCUAUACCUCUGACUCCUACGCCCUGAUUGUGGUGUGCCUGGUGGCCUGCAGCUUCGCCUUGGGGACAUUCUUUAUGUUGGUCUACUACUGCUGGCUGCAUCCUGACGGGCCAGUUCUUGGCACAAAUUGGGGCGGGUGUGUGGAUGAGGGGAUAGCUAGUGCAAGUGGCGUGGUGGGCGUGAUCGACGCCUGUCUCACCCCAUCCCAAGGUUCGCAAACAGACAUGGUUAUCACCAGUCCUCCCAGAACUCUCCCUAGGACUAAAGACACGGGUGACAUGGUUCCCGGGGAACAGGAGAGAGACAAGGAACGGGAUCGAGAUAGUUGCCUGCCAGUAUUCCAGGUGCGUCCGUCCCCUUCGUCCUCCCCGGCACUCCUCCACAGAACCUCAUCCUCCCAAGAAGGUCCUGUGAUCCGGAUCGACCUUCCAAGGAAGAGGUAUCCGGCCUGGGAUGCCCACUUUAUUGACCGCCGCCUCCGUAAGACCAUCUUAAUUCUGGAGACCACGUCAGCAGUCAGCCCAAGGAUACAGUACAGAAGUAGCAUGAUGGGCAGUAAAGAGGUGUUAGAGUAUGAGACGACUGUUUAGGCAAACUGCCGCUAUUCAGAUAAGAAAUGCAGUCUGGGCUUUAGACUCAGCCAGAGACCAGUUCUCAUCCCAGAACUCCGUCUGCCAGGAGACACUGUUUUUCAUGAAAGAUGGCUGUUAAAACUGAUUGUAAAAUGUGAAGUGCAAUCUCUUGCCAAGGCAUUCUCUUCGCUUGACCUGGUCCAGGUGGAAGCUCCAUCAGCCAGCUGAAAGGGGAGCAGGAAUCAUAUCAUCUUCAUCUAACUAGAACGCUUGGAGGUGAAAUAUUUAAUCUCACACGGUGGGACUGAGAAGUAAAAUAUUAGAUUCCAUUCGUCAUGGUCAGAAUGAGAUUAAUGAGCAAAUGCAUGAACAUGAGCCUCAGACUGUGGAGACCCCCUCACCCCUGCUAUCUGCUAAAAUGAACGAGGGCGAGAGUUCAAAGACUGUUUUGUCAGGUGGUUAGAAUGGCACGUGGAAUAAUUGUGGAGCAAAAUCAAAUAUUGACAAAAAUAUCCCAUUUCUAAUUUAAAGGUUAACCUUAAUCAAAAAUAGACUGAAAAGGGUAAAAACUGAGCUCCAGUGUUAAAUGUCAACUAAUUAAGCUCAAUUUUAAGGUAACUUUGAGGGUACGAGAAGACCUACCGUAAUCACAAUUUUCUGCCACUUGGCUGCAUAUCCCUCUCUGACCUCUACGAACAUCACACACAGGUCCAUUUAGGUCCAAUGAUGGGAUUACGUGUUUACAUCACAUAACCAAGGACUGAUGUGACUUGAGAGCCACCUCACACUGUUGUACAGUCAAGUAAAUACUAAUGUCAGAUAUAAGCUAGUAGAACACGUAGUUACUGUAGGAGACGAGUGACUCAACAGAGUCUAAAUGUUCAUUCAAGUCAACUUUUAGCAAGAUUUAUAGUGGAAGUCAUGUGGUUUGACAACAUUUUUCACUUUUUAUUGGGAAAGUAUGAUUUGCAUCAGCUCAGCAUUAUAGACAAUGGAUGGAGGGAUGGGUUAAUUGUGUGAAACGCUAGAUUUAGCCAAGCUAACGAGUUAGCUUGUUUGUCUAAAUGGUGGAUGAGUUAUAGGGUUGCCAACCAUCCCGUGAAAAACAAAAUUGCCCCCUAUCCAGGAACAAGUCCGCGUCCUGUAUUGAGCUUAAAAGAGACGUGCUUUUUCCCGUAUUAUCAUGAAACUCUUCGUAGAAUUAACGAAUGCUAGUAUAGGGCUUUUCAAAAAUAUGCAGGGAAACGUUUUCCCUGCCUCUCCUGCUUUGUGAUCAAUCAGCCAACAGAACAAUGACAAACCAAAAGCACGCUCAUCUCAUUGGUCCAGGUCCUGUCACUUGUCAUGAUAACGGAAGCAUAAUAGCACCUUGGAUGACUCAACAAAUAACACAUCAUAGAAGUUGUUGGUUUUUUUUUUGUUUGUUUGUUUGUUUGCUUUACAUUUUUUGUUUACCUCACUUUUUGUGGCUGCACAAAAUGUUCAGAUUUCUAUAUUAACCUUCAUGAAUCCUAUGAAUAAGCCUGCGCCACCAAUCAGUUGAAUGGCAUCUUUAAUGUCAACAUGACUCAUACCUGAGGACUCUCCCAGCUCUUAUUUGGCACCAAUCGAUCAAAGAAAAUCGGACAUAUGAUCGUUUUUAUUUGAUGGUAAAAAAUUGGAAAUGUGCAUGUGUGUGCAAUAGACACUAGAGGGCACUCAUGCACUUUGGAAGGGAUCACUUCACUGAAUAAAUUUGUUUUUUCAUGUGUUUUUUGGCAGACUGUGGUAACGUAAUAGUUUAAAGUGUAAUAAUAACAGUUCAUAUAGAUGAAGUGCUGAGAAAAAUUAUACCAAACACGAUACCCAGGGCAUGUGGAACAUUAGCCACGUUUACAUGCUGACUUUUAUUGAUACCGAUUCAAAUCAUUCCGAAUGGAAAUUUCAGAUCAGCUGUUUACAUGUCACUUUAUCUAUUCCGAUCCAGCGUUUACAUGUGACUGCCUUUAUUCCGAAAGGACGUUUGACAACUGCCGUCUGACAUGCGCAGAUUAAUCAAAACAAAGCGUCACGUUGCAAAACAUGGAGAUCGAUCGUCGGAGUGCUGCUGUUUUAACUUUAACCCACUUGUUGUGUUUGUGGGGUCGUAUCCGCUUCUGCUGUUUUGCUCUUUUGCCUUGUAGUAGCCGGUUUUCCACCGGUUUCUAAUCUGGUCAACGCUCCGGUCUAUUCCGGCUUCGUGUAAGCUCUCGUGAACUUUUUUAAAUAGUUCACUGUUCCUCGUUUUACGCCCGUCUAAGCGAGCAAUUAUAUUCAAUUCUUUUAAAGUUUGAAUUAAAUACAAUCUUUCCGCCGGACUCCAAUUAGGUGCGCUGUGCUUGGAAGCCAUGUUGCAAGUGACGUUACUUACGUCACUAAGUGACGUCACCACGUCAGUACGGAGCAUGUGCAGAAAGAACGCAACCAGACACCAUUCCGCUUCCCUGUUUACAUGAUAUAAUUUUACUUCUAAUCGGUUUGGGAAAAGGAAUAUUCCACCCCUGUGAAUCGGAAUGAAAUUCCAUUCGGUUUGGGCCUGUUCAUUCCGAAUGAGGGGUUUAUAUGGAACACAUUUAUUCGGUUUGAACAAAUAUUCCGAUUGUAAUUGGAAUAUUUGGCUCCAUGUAAACGUGGCAACUGUUACAUGCUCUAAAGAGACAAAAUUACAGUUAUAUAUUAAGAAAAAAAACAACAACAACAACAACAACAAACAUCCAAAAACAAACACACAAAAGGCUCAGGACCUUAAGGGUUAAUUUAUAUACUUUUAAAUUAAGCUGAACACAUACUUAAGGGCUCGACACACAGGAGGUGAUGGUGAAAUGCGAAAGUCAUCGCCGUUGAGCUAAACCUUUAACCUUGCUUUAAAAAAAACCCAUCUUAAAAACUAGGAUGGUCAAUGGAGAAUGCCAUCAUCAAACAACUUCCCAUACUGCUGCUUUUUAAUUUAUGUCCCGGAAAUCAUGCCGAGAGCUAUAAUAAAGUAUGUACUGGUCGCACACUGCUAAAAUGAUACGCUCGACGAUGUUGACGAAGGUUUGGCUAGUGUCCCCACAGGUGAUUGUCGAUCAAUAAAUCUGUUGCUGAUUGGUUGUGCCAGGCAACAGUGACAGAAAUAGAGCCAUUUCCUAUUUUCGUACUGGAUAUCGCGUCGCUGGUCCAUGUGUGCACGUGCACGAGUGCGAAAUUUCACGUGCACAAACGCUGCAUGUCGCUCUGCUGCAAGUUGGUUGGGUUGUUUUUUUUUUUGUGUGCGUGUGUGUAUUUUUUUUUAAUUUUGUAUUAAAAUACAUUGCUAAUACUUAUUGGUUUUCCACAUACUUAUAUCACUCAAAUAUGCACCUAAUAAAUUCAGGUUUGAGUCAAAUAAUUUUUUUUUUUUAAUCUUUGUUCACAUACAAAAAAAGUACUAAUGGUGACAAUUAUUGGGCCUGCCAGCUCUUCCAAUGGGGUGUCCCUUAUUAUUUUUUUCAGGGAGUUGGCAACCCUAGAUGAGUAUUAUUUACAAACGAAAACCACCUACUUUCCUAUUUCUAUUAUUUUUAAAAUUCAAGUUAGUCUUUACUUACAUAGCCCUAAAUCACCAAAAGAUUCCAAAGGGCCUCACAAAAAGUUGACAUUAAAAUAUUCAAUAAAGUAAACAUUUUAGAUCAUCAAUAGUACUUCUGCUGAUCUGUCAUUGCGCAUGGCACAAAGAUACCGCAUAAUUUAUAUUAGACAACAAAAGAAAAUGAUAAUGAUAGCACAAGCACUUGUGACGAAGCUAAAUUCAAGCACCUAAACUAGCAGUUUACCUCCAGCUGUUAAUUACAUUUCCUCAAAAGAUGAAAAUAACAUGUCAACAUGAUUGCUGCUAAACAACAUCAAAGCUAGUAAGGGACAGUUUUGUACAGUACUGUAUGUAGCUGUAAAAGAGAUACUACAGUAAGUAUUGAUAUUUAAGUUUAGGUGUAUUAUUUUCAAUUAUUCCGACAUGUUAAGCAAACUCUUCUUAAAAAAAUGUCUAUUUGCUUUUAAGUUCUAAAGUCAAGAAUCCUCAAUGGCUUUCUUAUCUAGAAAUAGAAGAUUUCUUGAGAAAAUGCAUGGGGAUGCUUUGCUCCGCUGGUCGAUAACUUUUUCCUGAUUUCCUUUGGAAUAGACGAAUAUAUCCGUCAGUGGAAUUACCGGGUAUGGCCGUCUUUGUAAUUGAGAGAUAUAGCCGUCCUUGGAAUUGUCUAGGUCCAAGACCUUCCUGGAGUCCAGGUCCAAGAACCUACCUGGCAUCCACAUCAAUGUCUUAGAGUCCAGGGAGCUACCUGAAGUCCAAGAACUUGAGUGUCAUGGUCCAAGGGAAUUGCUGUAGCCCUGAUCCUUGAGUCGUGGUGUAAAGACAUACCUGGAGUUCAGGUCUAAGGACCAACCUGGAGUUCAGGUCCAUGCGCCCAGGUCCAAGAGGUCCAUGUCGACGACCAGUCCCGAUGAAAAGAAAGACUGCAGAAAAUGGAUGAAUGUAGCAUAUCUUACUAUUGUUUCUAAUACUUGCAUUCCACUAAAAUAUGAUCACUUGAAUGAUUUGUAAAGUUUCUGAGCAGAUCAUUUAAUACAAUUCCAUCACUGCAUAGAAAUUAUGCAAUUUGAAAAUUUUAGAAUAGACCCACAUGAACAAAAUGAAGCUCAAGUGAAUAUUCUAAAUGCAUUUUAUCUUUGCACUGGGUAUAUCAUGAGAAACAGUAUACUAAUCCUUCUUAAAAAAUAGCAUAUUGUGAUAAAGUUCAUUAUUUUCUGUAAUGUACUGAUAAACAUUAGACUUUUAUAUAUUUUAGAUUCACUACACUCAACUGAAGUAGUUUAAGCCUUUUAAUGUUUUAAUAUUGAUGAUUUUGGCAAAAAAAAAAAAUCAAGAAAAACAAAUUCCCUAUCUCAAAAAAUGUGCAUAUUUCAUCCGACCAAUACAAAAAAGUGUUUUUUUAAUACCAAAAAAAAAAGUCAACCUUCAAUUAAUUAUGUCAGCUAUGCACUCAGUACUUGGUCGGGAAUGCAGAAAUGACUGCUUCAAUGCAGCGUGGCAUGGAGGCAAUCAGCCUGUGGCGCUGCUGGGGUGUUACGGAGGCCCAGGAUGCUUCGAUAGCGGCCUUAAGCUCAUCCACAGUGUUGGGUCUGGUGUCUCUCAACUUCCUCUUCACAAUAUUCCACAGAUUCUCUAUGGGGUUCGGGUCAGGAGAGUUGGCAGGCCAAUUGAGCACAGUUAUGCCAUGGUCAGUAAACCAUUUACCAGUGGUUUUAGCACUGUGAGCAGGUCAUGCUGAAGAAUGAAAUCUUGAUCUCCAUAAAGCUUUUCAGCAGAUGGAAGCAUGAAGUGCUCCAAAAUCUACUGAUAGCUAGCUGCAUUGACCCUGCCCUUGAUAAAACACAGUACACCAACACCAGCAGCUGACAUGGCACCCCAGACCAUCACUGACUGUGGGUACUUGACACUGGACUUCAGGCAUUUUGACAUUUCCUUCUCCCCAGUCUUCCUCCAAACUCUGGCACCUUGAUUUCCGAAUGACAUGCAAAAUUUGCUUUCAUCUGAAAAAAGUACUUUGGACCACAGAGCAACAGUCAAGUGCUGCUUCUCUGUAGCCCAGGUCAGGCACUUCUGCCACUGUUUCAGGUUCAAAAGUGGCUUGACUUGAGGAAUGCGGCACCUGUAGCCCAUUUCCAGCACACACCUUUGCACGGUUGCUCUGGAUGUUUCUACUCCAGACUCAGUCCACUGUUUCUGCAGGUCCCCCAAGGUCAGGAAUCUGCCCUUCUCCACAAUCUUUCUCAGUGUGCGGUCACCUCUUCUGGUUGUCCAGCGUUUCCUGCCACACUUUUUCAUUCCUACUGAGGUGCCUUGAUACAGCACUCUAGGAACACCCUAUUCGCUCAGAAAUUUCUGUCUGUGUCUUAGCCUCUAGCUUGAGUGUGUCAGUGAUGGCCUUCUGGACAGCAGUCAGGUUGGCAGUCUCGCCCAUGAUUGUGGUUUUGAGUAAUGAACCAGGCUGAGAGUUUUUUAAAGCCUCAGGAAUCUUACGCAGGUGUUUUGAGUAAAUUUGUUGAUUCAGAUGAUUAGGUUAGUAGCUUCUUUAGAGUACCAUUUCAUGAUAUGCUAAUAUUUUGAGAUAGGGAUUUUUUUGUUUUGUUUUCUUGACUUUUUUGCCAAAAUCAUCAAUACUAAAACAAUAUAAGGCUUGAACUACUUCACUUGUGUGUAACGAAUCUAAAAUAUAUGAAAGUCUAAUGUUUAUCAGUAGGCUACAUUUCAGAAAAUAAUUAACUUCAUCACAAGAUGCUAAUUUUUUUAGAAGGACCAGUAAAUGGAUUUUCUCUCAAUAAUAAUGCUUCAAAAGAUCAAACGUAUUGAUCUUCAGUGACCAAAACAUCCACCGUGAACUGUUACAGUUUGGGAAUUUGAAGAAAGGAAGAAGGGAAAACUCAUGUUUUCUUUUCAGACUGAGCAUUCUCCACAAACUCAAACAUUUCAACUUGUUUUUUUUCCCCCUGCUGGUUGAACUCCAGUACUCCUUAUGUGUCUCUUGGGUUCUGAGAAUGUACAGUACAUAAUGACAGCACAAUAAGGUCACAUGUAAUGAUGAGCUUGUCUCUGACAAAAAAUGAGUGUGUAAAGAUCAAAUCAGUGUUGUCGUCAUGGUAACACAACUCGUGGAUGUUGAUGGCCACGUUAAUGGUGCUGCAAACGACAACUUGGCGUCCGCCCCACAAAUUCCUUCCACCCCUAACCCCCUAUCAUGUCAAACAUGAUAAGCUAAUGUACAGAACUUGUCAGUUGUUGAGGGCGGGACUUCGCGCUCCAAUGAACUGAUCCUUUUGUUUUUGCGUGGUGAUUAUUUAUUACCUUGAGAUAAAAUAUGUCAAUCAUAUUCUGUUAAUUGAUGCAAGUAUUUAUGUUUAUUUUUGUAUUUGUUUUAUAUCUAUUUCCUAUUGUUUAAUCACUCAGUGGCCAUAUCUUUGUUAUAACUUACAUUAAGGUGUAAAAACGAUUUUUUACUCAUUCCGUCUAUAUGUACAUAAUAGACUAGGAUGUGCGCGUGCGUGUGUGUGUGUAUGUUGUAUACAGUGUGUUUGGAGACAGGUUGUUCACACCACAUAAUCUUCAGAUUGAAACUUUCUUGAUGGUGUUUAAAAAUUAAAUUUAAAAAAGCUCAACAAGCUGUGCUGACGAUUGUAGAUUGGGAACAAUUACUUUAGUAAACAUGGCUGGACAGCAAGAAGUGUGUCUCUGUGUCUUUUUGAAUUUAUUAUUUUUUUAAGUACCGUAUUUUCUGGAAUGGACUAUUAAGUAAAAAUUUUGGGAGGAGAAAUGUAUGUUGUCCUUAUUUGUAGCUAAAACAUACUCACUAGUAUUAUUUCUAGAGCUGAAACGAAUACUCGAGCAACUCGAGUUAAAAAACUGAUCCGAGUAAUUUUAUUCACCUCAAGGAAUCGUUUAAUUUUGCCAGCUCUAAGCAUCACGUUUUGCCCGGAGUACUUUUAAUGCGGGACAACGCACGUGCAUAGAGGAAGAACCAAUAAAAAAAAACACCUUACUGCAGCCGACAGCCGCUACAAGCUACGCCGACGUUGCUAAAAACUACGCACGCAUGAUGCUACAGUUGUAGCAGGUAGCUAAGUUCUGAUGCGUCUCACAAAUAUCAUAUGUAUGUAGAACUAGAUGCGAAAUGACAGACAGGGCGGCUGCCAUCUUAAAGCAGUAGACUACAUAGCGCUAAUAAAUAAGAUUAACGUUACUGUCACUAGCUCACGUAACGUUAGCCCUGCGGAGGGCUAGUUUUCUAUCAAUUAUGACCACUGUCGAUGCGUGGUUAACGUGUUUUACAUACAGGCUUCAUUUAAUCUGUGAAAACAUAGCGCUGUAGAGUG